AUGGGCGUGAUACGCAAGAAGACAGCGACUAGGGGUGGUGAAGGUGGCGUCAAGUAUGUUUGCGAUGUGUGCUCCUCCGAUAUCACUUCAACGGUUCGCAUACGAUGCGCCGACCCUGCCUGCAACGAUUUCGACCUGUGCGUCACUUGCUUCUCCAAAGGCGAGGCGCGGAAUUCACACGUGCCCGAAACACAUGCGUAUCGGGUCAUUGAACAAAACUCGUUCCCAAUAUUUGACCCAGAAUGGGGCGCGGACGAGGAGCUGAUGUUGAUCGAAGGCGCCGAAACCUACGGUUUGGGCUCAUGGGCAGAUAUUGCGGAUCACAUUGGAGGCUUCCGAGAAAAAGAUGAAGUUCGCGAUCACUAUUUGAGCUGCUAUGUGGGCUCCCCAGCCUUCCCUCUACCGAAACGAUGCAGCCCCCACGAUUCCGAGCUGGCCGACGCGAUAUCUCGUGACGAAUUCCAAGCGCGCAAGAAGCGAAGGAUAGAAGAGCGCAGAGAGGCAGCUAAGAACGCGCCAACAUUGCAACCGAAGACAAAGCCCACAGCCAGUGUACCUAGCUGUCAUGAGAUUCAAGGGUACAUGCCUGGACGUCUUGAAUUCGAAACAGAGUAUGCGAACGACGCGGAGGAAGCUGUCCAACAUAUGCAGUUUGAACCCGGGGACGGCGUAAAUCCGAGGACAGGAGAGCUCGAGCCGGAGAUGGAGCUCAAGCUGACGGUCAUGGAGAUAUACAACUGUCGACUGACCCAGCGUGUGGAUCGCAAGAAGGUCAUAUUUGAGCAUAACCUGCUCGAUUAUCGAGAGAACACAAAGAUCGACAAAAGACGGUCCAAGGACGAGAGAGACCUGUUGCAAAAAGCAAAGCCCUUUGCGCGCGUCAUGAACCGAAAAGACUUUGAGGACUUCAAUCAAGGACUGAUUGAUGAGUUGAACUUGCGCCAAGCCAUCGCUCAACUUCACGAAUGGCGCAGUGUGAAAAUCGGAGAUCUUCGGAGCGGAGAGAAGUACGAAACCGAGAAGGCGGCGCGUAUACAAAAGACCACACCUAUGGGGUCAAUGGACCGAGAUCGACUAACCACCGCUCAACGCAGUAAGAACGCGCCACCACCUGAUCCGCCUAAUGGAGCGGCGCUUCUGGUGGCACCCGAGCUACCGAUACGAGCUGCGAACCAAACGAACGGCGAGGUCAACGGGGAAAGCAAACCCGCUGCGAAUGGCGCGAACGGUGACACAAACGGUGUUGGCUCGCCGCGACCUAAGCAGCUUCCUCAGCCCAUACCUGGCGUCCAGCCUUUGUCCUUCAAUGCGGACAAUAAUGCCGACAUUCACCUCCUGACGCCGGAAGAGAUCAAGCUUUGCGAAAUCGUGCGCUUAGCUCCCAAGCCGUACAUCAUGAUCAAGCAGCAGAUUCUGGCAGAGGCUAUCAAAGGGAACGGAACAAUGAAGAAGAAACAAGCAAGGGAAAUCUGCCGGCUCGACUCCCAAAAAGGUGGGCGCAUAUUUGACUUUCUGGUCACCGCAGGCUGGUUGGCGAUCAACAUACAACCUGCUACGGCCUCAAUUGCGUCGUUGAAGCGCAUGAAUGCGCAGACGCUAAGCCAGAAGAUUCUAGAAGAGCGAGAAGCUCAAGACCCUACAUUCGUCGUCGUCGACGUGCGUGAGGAUGACUAUCUCGGCGGCCACAUCAAGUCUUCGUUGAAUGUCCCAUCCCGCACGCUCGAUGCGGCAAUGCCCACACUAGCGCGUCGUCUGGCGGACAAGAAGACUGUCGUGUUUCACUGCAUGCUCAGCCAGCAGCGUGGUCCCUCGGCUGCCUUGAAGUACUUGCGAGAGAGAGAUGAGGUGCUCAAGACCCUUGGACUCAAGGCCGUUGAGGAGCAGGAGGUUUUCGUCCUCAACCUAGGCUUCUCUAGGUGGCAGGAAUUGUUUGGCGAGGACGAGAGGCUGACGGAAGGGUAUAGAAAGGAGCUCUGGGGCCAGGACUAA